CUCCCCUCUUGAGGAAGCACAGCGGCAACACACGCUGCCAGGAGGAGGCGCCCAUCCGAGGCAGGAGGAAAAGCAGGCGGAAGUGCAAAUCCCGCUUUUUUUUAUCCGCCAGCCCGUAAAGCGUGGAUCCGUCUAACAUGCUGGCGUCGCGGCAAUCCUGCCACAACCACAAAUCAGUUCGCUUUGCCUGUGCAGUUGCAUCAAGUCACAUGGUCGACCUCGGGCCUUCAACAUCAUGCCCGCGUUGCCAAACUCAGUGGAACGUUGCAGACGCCAAGCGCCUCCCAACGCCGACGACUGGGGAGCGGGCUAUGACGAUAAGGAGGAGGAGGAGGAGGCGGGAGGAGGCGGGAGGAGGCGAGAAGGCGGGAACGAGGUGCGCGGCGCCGCGCACUCGGUCCGAGGAGUCCGAGGACCCAAAUCCACAGGGCGGGCAGGAUCAACGACGGAUGCGCCUACCAUCAUCCACUAGGCGUUGGACAACCACGCAAACCCACGCGCCAAGCCUGCUGGCGCGAGACAUCGGCAGGGAGCAUGACGACUGAUAGUAUGAAUCGCUCAGCAACGUUCCACUGUCUUGGUCGCUGUCGCAUCCGCGCCGUGCCCAUAGCCUGAGGCAGGAACGCUUCAGUCUCAAGAUGCCAACGGACGCUUGUCUUGCGAGCGCGCUGUGAGAUAUAUGAUUAUGUAAGGCUGCCUGCGUUUCCCAUGAUAUGGGUCAUUAAAGCAUGCCCUCUCAGCCCCACAGCCUCAAGCCGAGGCCAGCACCUGCAGUCAUGAACGAGAUUCCGCUUCGGACCUCGCAAAAUAAUACAAACAUGUCGCAAGCUUCGCGAUGCCAUGGCAGUUCGAUUCAACCGCGCGGCGUGAAAUUCAAAACGCGUAGAUUAUUGCAAAUUCGCUAGCACCUCGCCCCCGCCCCCGUGGCGGCAUCAAACUGCGGCAGCGAGUCUCACAGUGGUGGUUUGACGCUCGCGGGAAACAGGCGCAGAUCGAACUAAUGCGUUA